CGGCCCGGCCCGGCCCCCCCGGAGCCGCCCGCGGGGUCGGGCCCGGCCCCGCCAUGGCCGAGGAUUUCUGGGAGGCCCCGCGCCGCUGAGCCGGGCUCGGCCAUGGACCGGAUGAAGAAGAUCAAGCGGCAGCUGUCGAUGACGCUGCGGGGGGGCCGCGCCCCCGAGAAGGGUCUGGGGGACCCCCGCGACGGCCACGGCAGCGACAGCGAGGCAGGGGGGGAGGAGGGGCGAAUGGGAUCGGACGGGGAGAGUGACCCCCCCUCGGGGACAUCCUCGGAGGAGGUGGCAUCGCCUGUGCGCCUGCGCCAGCACCCGCGGCCCAGCGCCUGCGAGGACAUCACCAAGCGCCUGUCCCUGCCGGCCGACACCCGCCUGCCUGAGGGGGGGCUGGGGCUGCCCGGGCCCCUCAGCCGCCGCCUGCGCCGCGUCUCCCUGUCGGAGAUCGGUUUUGGGAAGUUGGAGACCUACGUCAAACUGGACAAACUGGGAGAGGGCACCUACGCCACGGUGUACAAGGGCCGCAGCAAACUGACCGAGAACCUGGUGGCCCUGAAGGAGAUUCGGCUGGAGCACGAGGAGGGGGCACCGUGCACGGCCAUCCGUGAGGGUGAGGGGCACAGGGAGGCCUGCACGGCCAUCCGGGGGGGCUGA